UGUUUCUGUAAGAGAGAAGCAUGCAGUGCCAGUGAGGGUGAGGUGAGUGAAAGGCUGAAUUACUGGAACAGGCUGUAGCGCAAUCACUGUGACUCUAUUGAGUUUAUGAGAAGUGAAGAAAAGCUGCGUGCAAGCUUGAAGGUUACUUCUUGGGCUCCUCUUUAAGACAGUGCUGGAGGGGGGAAGUAUAAGGAAAACAGAAGGAGGGGAGGAAGAUAAGUGUCAAUCUGUUCAAACUUGUUUGGGAAUUUGAGAAGGGCGGGAGGAGGGGACGAGAGAGAAACAGAAAGAAAGAGAGGGAGGAACACUGAGAAUCUUUUUACUUUGUUCAAACCUAUUUUUGCUUAUGUGAACACAUUAAGUAGGACAGAGGCAGGCUGGAUAAUUAAAUCAGAGUUUUCAAUAGAGCAUUUUUCACACUCAACUUUGGUUCUCUCAAUGGGCAAACACUGAUAUGUGGAAUGUCUGUGAGUUGUGCAAUUCCUGCUAGCUUCACUUUGUCAAGAAAGCAAAGGAAAAGUUGGAGAGAGACAGAGAAGCGUCCCCCAAGACACUUCUCAGGUUCUCUAUGUUGCAAUGGAAACCAGUCAAAUUAAUUGGGCCAUCCAAGACACUGUGCAGAUACAGUCCUCUUAAGGUGCACUAGACAGGUUGUCGAUCAAGUGCAAACUGUGACCUGAGUCCUUGAGCUAAUUGGCAAAGGUGACCUGGGUGAAGAAGAGACUCACCGAAAGAUGGACAAAACAAGAGAAAAAGAAAUGGAGCCAGACACGUGUGAUGGGAUUAGGGACAGGGAGAGAUUUCUUGCAACCCGAAGAAGAGAUGGAGAGAUUGACUGGAGAGAAAGAGAGAGGCAGAGAAAUGGAGAUCGAUGUGCAAAUGGAAGCUCAUCAGUGUCAGAGCAGGCUGAGUAUGGAGAUCGAUACAAUGAGAGGAGAAAAGGGGACACUUUUCCAAAGAUGACAAAACCAAACAGAGUGAGAGACAGAAGGAUACCACUUCCAGACUAUGAAAGAGAGCGUCACAUGGGAAGACCGAAGGACAUACUGUAUGAAAAUGAAAGAGAAAAGGAAAGGAGGAGAUACAGAGACAUGGACAUGCGGAGUGAAAGAGAAAUUGCAAGAAACAGGGAGGAGCUGAGGAGAAAUGAAAUGAGAAGGCCUGUAAAGGAGGAGCCAGAUAGACAGAGGGAACGAGACAGGGAGUUUGACUCAGGAAUGAGAGAUAGAAGGAGAGAAAGUUAUCCAGGGGUCAAUGACCUUUCAGGCAUGAGGGAAAGAGAGACAGACAGAGACAGAGAAAGACAUAGACAAAGAGACAGAGAGGGCAGAUAUUAUCCUCGGCUCAUGGAAAGAGAGACGGAGAGCUUUUCAGACAGGGAAAGGAGGACUGAUAGACAGAGAGAGGGAGAGAGAUCUAGGAAAAGAGAUACAAAAAGCGAAGGAGACAGUGAUGGAGACAGGGGUAAGGAAAGGAAGAGAGAAGAAGAUGCUACACAUAGACACAAACUCUACAAGAGUGAAGGAGACGGUGAUGCAGGGCGAAGGGCAGACAGAGUUAGAGAAAGAGAGAGACGUAGAGAGAGAGAAGCCGAAAGAUGGCGAGACAAGGCAGUAAGAGGAAGAGAUUACCGAGAGACGGGUUACCAUGAUCCAAAAGUAGAAAAUUCAGAACGACUCAAAGAGACUGAUAAACCAAGAGAUAGAACGAGAGACUCCAAAGACAAAAGAAUGGACAGAGAUGCUUACUUAUACACAACUGAAAGAGGUAGGUAUAGGGAUGGAGAAAGGAUAAGAGAUAGGGAUAGGUAUUCUGAAAGAGAGAUUGAAGAGAGGGAGAGGCGGAGGAAAGAGUACAACGAGACAGGGAGAAGUAAGAUGGAGAAUAGUGGAGAGCUGAUUUCAGGAAGUGAUAUUGAGAAUGAAAAAAAGAGGACAAUGAGAGCGAACCUUGAGGACAGAGACAGAGAAAACACAUCUGAGAUUGAUAAAGAGAGACUGAAGGAAAGAACAGAGGAAGAGCAGGAAGUAAGGAGUACACCGAGGGAAGAAGAGAAGAGUGAAAGCUUUGCUGCUGAGGAAGCAGUUACAACGAAACCUAAGAACAGGAUAAGGAAAAUGUGGCUGGAACCUCGAAGUGAGAGAAAAGAAUCUUGUUUAAAAGAGGACGGAGAGAGAGAGAGAGAAAGAGAGAGGUACAUCCAAAGAUACAAAGAAAGCAUGACAACAGGAAAUGAAGAAGAGCCUGAGAGAAGGAAACCAAGCAAGAGCAAAUGUCUUGAGGACAAGUAUAGAGAACUUGAAAGGGCUGGAGAGUUCAUGAGGGAUGUGGACGUAGAAAGGGAGGAGAAGAGGAUGGAAGGGGACAUGGCUUAUGAUAAAGAAGCCAUGGAAUCAGAGUGGCAGAUGGAAAGAGAGAAUGUGGCCGAUAACUUAAAAGAAAAUGAUAGAGAUGAACAGAGAAGCAAUAAUAGAUAUGACUACUUGGAGAAUGAGGAAGGAAGUGAGGGAGAAUCGGAAGCAGAGAAGAACAGAAUGAUGUCAGCAGAUGACGGAUUUGUAACAGUCUCCAGUGGAGGGGAUGAUGCGGAGGAAGAGGAUUUUGAAGACUGCAAAGAAUUCUGGGAAGGUGGAGUUCCCAAAGCUAUCUCUGGACACUCAGGAACUACAGAGGACACAGAAAAUGGGGCAAAUGAAGCUCCAAAAGGACCCCUAAGAGUCUUUUGUGUGAUUGGUCAGACCCAUCCCACGUCACAAACCAAUGAGAAUUCAUAUGCACAUCCUACUGUUGAAGAGGCAGCCAAUCAGCAUUCAUGUCAUAACAUGGGCACUCAAGGUGAAAUGAGCAUAAAUGAAGCAUUUGAAAAGGUUGAACACUGUGAACAGGACAUUGAAAGAGCAAUGGCUGACCUCAGUCUUUGUCCUAAUGAGGACAAAGGGGAGGGAGCAGGGAGUAAUGACCAGACAACAGAGGGCGUAACAUCACUGGAAGGCCAAAUGAUUCCUCCCAGUGAGCGAUCAGAACAAGACACCCAACUCUUCCUACCAGAGCCUUCUGAAACUUCAGGGCCAUCCAAGGAUAAUGGUCAUGGGGGAACAGAGACUCAUAGUGAAGAAACAAUACAAAGAGGAGCAAAAGAACCUACCGGAGACCCAGUGGAGCAUUCUGGUUCUGAUGACACAUGGAGCACAUCUGAGGAACGAAAGCGAUGCUCUACUGCUCCUCACCUUAGUUGGGCCAAGAACGUGGUGAGAGAGAUCCUGGGUCCAAAGUCGGUGGACACAGAAAAUGCAAGAGGUAGUGUGACACACAUAGACACGCAAACCAACACACAAACAGAGGGUGAGAGAGAAAUGGACAAAUCAAGGAAAGAGGCAGAAAUAAUAGAGGGAGGAGAAGAACAACAGGGUGGGAUGGAGAGAGAGUUGAAUGAGAACCGUGACUGGCUGGAUCCUAAUUCUAACCAGCACACGGUUUCCUCAGAAGGAGAGGCAGAGGGGAAGGUAGAAGAAGUAUCUAAGAAGAAAGAGAGUAAAGAGGAAGUUGUUCUAAGCUCUAGUAGUUUUCGAGAUUUGGGGAAUGAGGCUCGCACGAGGAGGCGAGGGUUUCGAAAGUCAGCGGAGAAAACCAAAGAAGAGGAAGAGGAUGAGAACGAGGAAGAGGGAGUUGGAAGGGACCGCAGGACGAGAAUAUUCAACAAAUCAGAUGAUAAAGAGGACGAAUUAUGUUUUACCUGGAGUGAAAUGGAUCUAAGGAAACUUGGGAGGACAAGAAAGAGGAAUUCGAAAUUCUUUAACUCUCAGUUGUAUCAGGAAUACAGUGAGGUGGUCCAGAACAGAGAGAUCCUGCUGUCUCAUUCUGAUUCUCUAUCAAUAAGUGCAUCUUCCUCUCCAAAUCAUUCCCCUAAGCUAUCAAGCAGACCUCUCCCGCCUCUCCCUCAGGUCCUCCUACACCCCCACACUCUGUCCAAAACCAACCCCUUUAAAAGUCUUAAUGUGCCUCAGCAAUCUAUAAACAGACCCCCGUCCCCUCGCCUGUCCAUCUCUGCUUCCUCAACCACACUGUGGCAGGAUCUCCCCGGAGUGAGGAAAAGCCCAGAUUUGGAGGAACUUACUGAGGAUGAGAGGCGUCUGCAGGAGGUGAGGUUUGAGGUCGUGACCUCUGAAGCGUCAUGCUGCCGCAGUUUGGACAUCGUAGUGGAGAACUUUGUCAUGUCCAAACAGCUCAACGUUAUCCUGUCUUCACAAGACAAAAACUGGCUGUUUUCCAGGCUAAAUGAUGUUAGAGCCAUCAGUCACAGCUUUCUGUCUCAGCUGGAAGAAGCAGUGGAGAAGGACAUUAUGCGCUUUACCGUCUGUGACAUCAUUAUCAAACUCUGUCCACGAUUCAGAAAUGUGUAUGUGCCAUACCUUACCAACCAAUCAUAUCAGGACAAGACAUAUCAAAGAUUGAUGGACGAGAGUCAUGAAUUCCGUAGAGUUGUGGAAAAGUUGGAGCGUAACCCGGUUUGUCAACGACUGCCUCUACGUUCUUUCCUCAUUUUGCCAUUUCAAAGAAUCACACGCCUCAAAUUGCUUGUGCAGAAUAUUGUAAAGAGAACUGCCCCGAAAACCAAGGAUGAAGCACAGGCCAUUAAGGCCAUGAAACUACUUGAGAAGAUGAUCCAGGACGGUAAUGAAAGUAUCUCUCAAAUGAAGAACAUUGAGUCACUUGUGACCCUCAAUGCCAAAGUUGACUUUGAGUGCAGGACUCUUCCAUUGAUCAGUCAGUCCCGCAGACUGGUACGAGAGGGACCUGUGACUGAACUGAGAGACUUUUCUCUGAAAGACAGGGAAGAAGAGAGAAAUGUUUAUAUGCAUCUUUUCAAUGACUAUCUCCUGGUCUCUUUGCGGAAAGAAGGGGGUAGGUUUACAGUUAUCGAUCAUGCACCUGUGUCAGAGCUGCGGGUUGAGAACUGCAGGUUUAAACUGCAUUCCUUACAAAAAAACCUGUUCCAUCUGCACAUGCCACAAAAGGCCCUGCUCUUGCGGACAGAUACCCAAGCCAAUAAAUUGCGCUGGAUAUCAGCGCUCUCACGUCCUUAUCCUGAGAUUGACUUCAGUGCAGUUCAGGACAUUUCACAAGUGCAGUGCAUCAGAGCAUUUGUUGCCCAGCAACCAGAUGAGCUAAGUUUAGAGAAAGCUGAUGUUCUGUUAGUUCACCAGCAGAGUAGUGAUGGCUGGGUGGAAGGAACUCGUCUGUCAGACAGACAACGUGGUUGGGCCCCUGACUCUCAUCUGGAGACAAUAGUCAGUGACAAAGCAAGAAAGCGCAAUCUGCUGGACACCAUGAAAAUUGCUACAGCUGCAAUGUGAAGCAAUAUGUAUAGCCUUCAAUGUUCUCAGGUGGACUUUUUCAAUUACAAUUUUUUUGUAUUACUUUAAAGCCUUCAAGAACUUUAAGGAUUUGUGUCUCAACUUCAUGGGAAGUUUCUAUUUAUUUUGUGUAUACACUCAAGCUGAUAAGGGUGAUGUGGGUGUGAUGGCCUCACCCAUGUCAGGGUACUACUCCACACCCUGCAAAAGUGUCUGGCAAGAUGCUGAAUUACAGCAACUGAACUUCUUAGAUACCUUAUGGACAUUGACGGACUUUGCAAAUGGCACAAAUGCAUCCAUAUGCAGUACCUGCUCCAAAUGAGUAUCUAUGCAGCUUCCAUAGUGUUGCUAUAAGACUUUCUUAAAAUUUGGAAGUGGGGAGUCAUUCAUGGGCAGAGAUUUGGACUACAGUCUGUUGUCCUCAAUCUGAGCAAGCCGUCUCACUGAGGAACCACGACAGCUGGACAUAAGACAUAAGCUGGAUCUAAGUCGGCGUGUAACGCUGAAUACUGCACCAAAACUACUUGUUCUCUGUUAUUUAUAAACAUCAGAUCCCCUUCAGCGUGGAAUAUAAAUGCUGCCGGACUGCAGCCUGAUGGGAAUACAGUUUGAAGAGUUGUUGGUGUGCUCUAGGACACAAGAUGCAAAAGGACAAAUUAUUAAUAGCUGUGAAAAACAGUGGACUUUAGCAAAGUGCAAAUUUGAUUUAGGAUCAAGAAUUACGGAUGCCUACUUUUUAAGACCAAAAAGUGUACAAUACCCAAGGUUGUCUACAAUGUACAUAAUAUAGGUUUUUAACAUAAAAGCUACAAGUAUUAUUUUUCAUGGAGUAAUUCCAUCUCUGAUUCCUGUUCAAACUGAUUAGCAUAUAACUGUAAUAUGCCUUAAAAAUAAACAGAUAAUUAGUUUCCUGAAAGAACAUUUCAUGGUUUAGCAGAUGGGGUUUUUAGUCUUAUCAAGUGCACUUUGAAGAAUUAUGGGAAGGCCAUUAGGUAGCAAGAGCUUAAGAAAGAAGAAUCGGAAUGAAAGAGUAAAGUGGCACAGGAUUCAGUAGGAAAUCAAAUGCUUUAGUGUGAUUUACAAUACGACGAAUCAAUGAACAUUUCUUUAAUUUAAUUACUUUCUUUAAGUAUGACAAAAAAGACCAAACUAUAUAAACAGCUUCUUGGCUAUAUGGAAAU